GCUGAGCCAUCGACACGGUUUAUUGGAACGGUACGGACGACAAAAUAGCACGGAGAGCCCAGCCAGAGCCAGAGUCGCAGUUCGAAUUACUUCCUUAUCAGUCACUCGCGACGUGACUUAAAUUUCAUUGACGUGUUGCCGCGGCUUGUGAAUCUUGUGAAUCAGAAGCGAGAGCCCAUGUAUUUGCCCUGAGAACUCUGAAUUCUGGGACAAAGAACAGUGCAAUGGCUGGAGACAAGUGCAUCUGCCUGCUGGCUCUUAUAAUAGGAGCAUCGAUACUGCCCUCCAUCUGCGAUGCUACCAGUUUUAAUUUCCCAAAUCCAAGAACUGAUAUAAGAAAUGAAGCCAGAUCGUACUUAAACGGAAUUACUUCUGCGAAAUGGUUGGAAUUUGUCAACUCCGGACUUGAUUCCGUAAACAGACAAAAAAGACUAGAGGAAAAUCUCUUAAGAUCUGAGAUUACUGUCCAGAAUGGCACCAUUUCCCAUAUCCAACUUCUGGACACUUUGCCCAAUAGAGCUUCCAAGGAGGACAGCGAAAUAGCUCUUAAAAUAUUAAAGUCUAGCUUGUACGUGUACAACAGUCAAUGUUUGAGCCAUGGCAUCGACGGAGAUGAGUGUCGGAAUUAUCUGGAAAAUAUACCCUUGCCUGUGGGGAGCAGUCUGCGAGAGGAGUGCCAGAACUUGCUGUCUGGAAACAGAGAGGGUCACCAUGCUUUCCGGCGCUUACUGGAGCCCCAUUAUAGAAACGGCUUCCAUGAGAUGUUUCCAGAAACCGGUCGCUCUGUCAGCCAGCCGCCCGCCUGGUCCAUUAGCAAGGCUCUCUACGAACCGGAUACCAUCCAGAAAGCCAAAGAUCUAAUCUCCGAGGAGAAAUCUCAUUUAAAUCUGGGUCUGGCUCAGUGGGCUCAGUUUGUGGAGCACGAUCUCAGCAAGCCCGUUUCACAAUCGAUGAGCACCGGAGCUCCCAUCGAGUGCUGCAGCCGUGACCAAAAUAACCUUCAGCCCCGCCACCGCCACCCGGCAUGUGCUCCAAUUCUGUACCAGCCCAGUGGGAAAUACGACGUGCCCAGCUGCCUCAACUAUGUGCGAAGUGCGCUGGCCGUGGCCGAUUGCAAUUUCGGAGGUGCCGAGCAGCUCAACCAGGCCACUGCCUCCUUGGACCUUUCCCAACUCUAUGGCUUCACUUCGGCUGCGGAGGAGAAAAUGAGAUUGUUUAGGGGUGGUCUGUUAAAGUCCACACCCAUUGGCCAGCGCCAUCAUGUCCUGCUGCCCAUGACUAGGGAUACCCAGGACCUGGGACACUCCUUCUGCGCUUGGGGAGCCACUGGCAAUGCCACCUGUUUUGCAGCCGGCGAUUCCCGGGUGAACAGCAGUCCCUUCUCCAUACUGAUCUACACGAUCUUCAUGCGCAACCACAACCGCCUGGCCAGAGAGCUAAGUGACAGGAAAUCCGGCUGGAGCGAUGAGCAGCUGUUCCAGGCGGCCAAGGCGGUGAAUGUGGAUGUGUAUCGCCGAGUGGUCAUAGACGAGUGGCUGCCAGAGGUUCUGGGAAAGAAAUUGGCCGACGAAGCUCGGAGCAGAAGUGACCGGGCCCAGGAGAUCUCGAAUGAGUUUGGAGUGGCUGCCAUAAGAUUCUACUUCUCCAUGCUGCCCAAUGAGCUGCAUAAUCUGGUCAAGGAUAACGACUUGGAUGACAACAAUUUACCUACCACAAACCUGUUUGAACUGAAAGAAGAGAUCUACAAGCCCCGGCUGCAAUACACGACUCAGAAGCUGAAUGAGAUCCUCGAGAGUUUGCUCAAUCAGCGAACCAUGAAAAUGGAUGCGUCCUAUGCAGGAGAUGUCGUCUGGCACAAGGACACCAAGCCCACACAUGCCGAUAUCCUGGCAUUCGACAUUCAACGAGGCAGGGAUCAUGGCCUGCAGCCUUAUCACAAGUACUUUGAAAUCUGCAGUCUACGUAGACCCGUUACUAGCUGGAAAGACUUUGAAGGCUUUAUUCCCAAUGAUGUUUUGGAAAAGCUGAAAACCAUCUACUCCAGCUGGACAGAUAUCGAUCUGAUUGUGGGUGGCAUUUCUGAGCGUCCUGUCAGCGGAGCUAUUGGUCGCACCUUUAGCUGCAUAUUGGGCGAACAAUUCUGGAAUGUGCAUCAGCAGCAUCGGCAACAAUCGGACCACAAGCACGACUCUCUCCUCAACGAAUAUCGCCAUUUCAAUGGCUCCAAGCUUCUGUGUCUGAACUCUGAUGUGAGAGCUGUUCCCCAGAAUAUCUUCCAGUUGCCAUCCGCCAGCAAUCAACUGGUUGCCUGCGACGAUGUGGUCUAAGCAGUUCGGAAGAUACAAAAAUGUCUUAUAUACACACCAAACCGAUUUUAGAUUACUAUGUUCCUAAGUCCCAAGAAAGAAAAUCUGAUUUAGAGCUCAAUAAAUACCUCGAAACUAAA